CUUGUCUCUGUGGUUGCUCAUUAUUCAGAGACAGGCGGAUCUCAGGUCAUCUGCAGCUGCAGCAACGGAGAAGCAGGAAAGAUGGCGAUCAUCCAUUAGACCGGACGCACGCAUGAAAUACAGGACAACUUUCAGGAAGAAGAUCGCUUCUCCACCAGAAGAAGACAUACCUGUUUCCCUGAUUUUCCAGGGAGUCCUCAGCGAUGGAGGUGCUACAGUGCGAUGGCUGUGAUUUCCGUGCUGAGUCGUACGACGACCUCAAGACCCACAUCCAGGAUGUACACACGGCCUUCCUGCAGCCCACUGAUGUUGGAGAGGGGGACGGGAGUCCCUGCCAGUCCAGGGCAGACUCUCUGAACUCCCCCAACCAGACAGAGGGGGAGGAAGAAGAGCAGAAUAAAUCUCCACAAACUGAAACGGACUUUUCAAGUUCAAACCAAAUGCCAUACAGCAAGUCAGCAAACCAUCCCAACAAAACUGCAAACCAGUUAUUCCAGUGCAAAAUCUGUGUUCGUUACUUCAGAUCAAAAUCUCUGUUGUCUGAACACACCAAGAAGGUACAUGGAACCUCACUAAGUGGCGGGAACUCACCUGCCUCCCAUACGUCCAAACAGUCCAACUAUAACAUCAUUAUCCAUGACAGUCUUGGGAAAGUGUUCUCCUGCCAGUAUUGUACAUACAAGUCCCCACGCAAAGCCAGGAUCCUGAAGCACCAGAAGAUGUAUCAUAAAGGAAAUCUGGACCCCCCAGAUUCUCUGUCUGAGGCUGUUGAUGACCCGGAGUCAUUAUCGUCCGAGGAACCCAGUGAGGAACUAUCAGAAGAUGUGGUAGAGCGUGGUAUCCUAGAGUCCAUGGUUAAACCUCUGGGGAAGUCAAGGGGAAACCAAGCGCUUCGAAGAGAGUGGUGUGACAACAUGAUGAAAAAGCACCGCAACAUGGUGAAAAUGAUCUCAACCAUCCAGCCGGGUGGAGAAGGAGAAGGAAGCGCAGGCUCUUCUAAAUCUGAUUCCCCUUCCUCCCCCAGAAGCCCUCCUAACUCCAAAAUGGUUUUCAAAGACCUGAGUGGUAAUGAAGGCUCCUCUGUAGUCAACUCCUCAGUUUUCAAGCUCAACAAGCCUGCCUCUGGGAUAUCACCCUAUCAGUAUUCACAGAUUCAAUCGGUUGCGCCCAACAGCACGGGAUCCUCCAUUUUGUCUGACAGGUCCACCUUCGUCAUGUCCGAUGUUUCCAACUCUGCCAUGGAGAUGGAUUUGAGCAUGCUUGAUGACUCCAGGAGCACGUCUGAGGAAGAUGAUGAGGAACUGGGUGAUGAGGAUGAUCCCAAUUACACCGACCCCUUGUCAACUGGGGAUUCUGCCAAGCAGCUUCUGUCCGAAGAGGAUAACAAGAUGCUGGAGACUAAAGGGAUACCAUUCAGAAGGUACAUGAACAGGUUCCAGUGUCCUUUCUGCUCUUUCCUCACCAUGCAUCGCAGAAGCAUCUCCCGUCACAUUGAGAACAUACACCUAUCUGGGAAGACGACGGUAUACAAGUGUGAUGAGUGCCCCUUUAUCUGCACCAGCCCUCUCAAGUUAGGCACGCACAAGCAAAGUCACUCCUCAGACUGGGACACCAUGGACCUGACCAGUGAAAGCCCAGGUCCUCAGAAUAACGAGACACCAGAAUCAGUGAACGGAGGAAACGUUGCUGCUUCCAAAGUCAAUGGGAAAAAGCUAAGUAAUGUGGGCAAUGAUCUAAACCAGCAAAAUCCUCACCGCUGUACACUCUGUAGCUUCUCGACAACCACGCUGAAAGGGCUGCGAGUUCACCAGCAACACAAGCACUCCUACUGUGACGACAUGCAAGCUGCCAGCUUGGAGGGCUCUACAAAUGAGCAACAGGACUCGGAAUUGGAAACAUUCUCCAGUUCUCUGAGCCAGGUACAAAAAACACAGACUUCAAUUCUAGGACUUGGAUCCAAAAAGCACUUAACUGGGAAAACUGCAAGGAAGUCCAUCAAUGAUCUACCUUUGGAUCUGUCCCCAGUCAAGAAGAGAACUAGGAUUGAUGAAAUUGCCAACAACCUUCAGAGCAAGAUCAGUCAGCAACAGGAGGAUUUGGUGAUUAAUCUGGAAGAAAUUGAUGAUGAAGAGGAAGGAGAGCUCAACAUGAAUGAAGAUGCAGGCAGAGACAAGGAAGAGAACAACGGUGAGAGUAAAAAUCAUGGCUACGUUUACAACAAGCUUUACGAAGGCCGGGUGGGUAAAAGAAAAAGAACCCUCACGUCAAAGCUAAGAAACAUUCCCAUUGCAAUGACACUCUCUGAUGAUGAGGACAAGGAGUCUGUUGAUCUUAAAGCGGAUCUCCAAGACCAGAGCAGCCAAGACAGCCGGGACACUUCUUUCCAGGAGAACCUUGACUAUACAGAGGACUCAGGGAUGGCACGAUUCUAUUGCAAGCACUGUGACUACCAUAACAAGUCAGCCCGCAGUGUGAGCACCCACUACCAGAGAAUGCACCCCUACAUUAAGUUUAGCUUUAGAUACAUUCUCGACCCUGAGGACCAAAGUGCCGUAUUUCGUUGUCUGGAGUGCUUCAUCGAAUACACCAACUUCAACAACCUUCAUGAGCAUUACAUGGAUCACCACCCAGAAGCCAGCAAUGUGCUGAACUUCAACCAGCCAGAUUUGGUGUACAUGUGCCGCUUUUGUUCGUACACAAGUCCAAACGUCAGAAGCUUGAUGCCCCAUUACCAAAGAAUGCACCCUGAGGUGAAAAUAAACAACGCUAUGAUCUUCUCGAGUUACAUGGUGGAACAGCAGCACAAGGGAGCAGAAUCUCAAACACUUAGAGAAAUUUUAAAUUCCGGUCCCAAGAGUUUCACAUGUAGCUCCUCCACUUCCACACCCAUGUCCUCGUCCAGUCCUGUGCUCAAAAGUGUUGCAAAGACACAAGAUUCAAGCUCUGAGACAGAGGCCCUGAAAGAGGUUGGUAAUGUUGUGGUCUAUGACUGUGACUUAUGCUCCUUUGCUAGCCCUAACAUGCACUCUGUAUUGGUUCACUAUCAGAAAAAGCACCCAGAGCAAAAGGCCUCAUAUUUCCGCAUUCAGAAAACCAUGAGAGUUAUCACAGUCGAUAGGCCACAGUCAGCAGGCAACUCUUCUUACAACAUCAAUAUGCCAACCCCUGCUAAGUCGCCAAGCGCCGCCAUGCCAUUUGGUACAGAUGAGGAGAUUUACUACUGUAAACAUUGUGUGUACAGCAACCGCUCUGUAGUGGGAGUUCUUGUCCAUUAUCAAAAGAGACAUCCAGAAAUAAAGGUGACUGCGAAAUACAUCAAGCACGCCGCUCCCACCUCUGGGUUGAUGAAACUAAUGGAUGAGCUUCAGAUUGCACCCCCAAAGCAGUUUCUCAAACAGUUCAACAACAAUGGAUUUGAUGGGUCCAGCAAUUCUCACGCUAGAGUUGUCACAGAGAAAGGAGAAGCAGAGAUGCUUUUCUUCUGUCAGCACUGUGACUACGGGAACCGCACUGUAAAAGGAGUGCUUAUUCACUACCAGAAGAAGCACAGGGAUGCAAAGUCCAAUGCUGACCUUGUACGCCGGCACACUGCAGUGGUCCGCAGUCAAAGAGAGCGAGCGCAGAUGGGCCAGUCAGGCACUGCCGCCUCUGCCAUAGCCCCUGCUGCUCCCACCGAGACCGAGGCAUCCUCCGGAUGUCUUCGCUCACUGAAGUGCAGGCACUGCUCUUAUACAUCUCCAUACGUUUACGCAUUGAAGAAGCACCUGAAGAAGGAUCAUCCUACUGUGAAAGCCACAGCCAUGACCAUUUUACACUGGGCGUACCAAGAUGGCAUCCUGGAGGCUGGUUAUCACUGUGAGUGGUGCAUCUACUCCCAUGCGGAACCCAACGGGCUGCUAAUGCAUUACCAAAGACGCCACCCAGAGCACAAUGUUGACUACACGUACAUGGCAAGCAAGCUGUGGGCUGGGCCUGAUACCACCACCUCCCAGCCAGGGGAGAACGCUGGUGACAGUAAGCACUACCAAUGCAGAGAUUGUGCUUUCGAGGCGUGCUCCAUCUGGGAUAUUACCAACCACUACCAAGCUGUCCACCCCUGGGCUGUCAAAGGGGAUGAGUCUGUACUAUUGGACAUAAUCAAAGGUCCAAGAUCCCAAGAGAAAGUCCACCCCUCAAUGGCUAAAGGACCACCUUUCACUUUUCUUCCAACUGCUCACGAUGAAGGACCAUUGGAUAUCCCUACCUCACCUCAAGAGCACCAACACCACCAAUACCAUCCCAGGCUCUCCCACACAAGCAACUCGAUCUCCAACAACCCCUACCAGUGCACUGUAUGUCUGUCUGAGUAUAACAGCCUACAUGGACUACUUACACACUAUGGCAAAAAACACCCAGGCAUGAAAGUCAAGGCGGCUGACUUCGCACAAGAAGCUGAUAUAAAUCCAAGUUCGGUUUACAAGUGCCGACACUGUCCAUAUGUGAAUUCACGCAUCCAUGGAGUUCUUACUCAUUACCAGAAGAGGCAUCCGUUGGUGAAAGUCACCGCUGAGGACUUUGCGGAUGACAUCGAGCAGGUUAAAGAUAUAACUGAAGUGGAUGACAAGUGCAAGACCCAAAGACAGGGUUAUGGAGCAUACAGAUGCAAAAUGUGUCCGUACACUCAUGGAACAUUGGAGAAACUGAAAAUUCACUAUGAAAAAUAUCACAAUCAACCUGCUUCAGAUAUGUUCAAGCCUUCCCUCGUGUCAUAUUCCACUGUGAAAGAUGAGGUGGUCGCUGAAUGCAGUGCCACAAGCGUAUCAUCAGAGGUACAAGAGGUUAGCGAAUUCAAACUUGCUCUCACCCAGUUCCCUAUCAACAAAGGAGAGACCCAUGCUGUGUUUAGGUGUCAGCUCUGCAAGUACUUCUGCUCAACCAGAAAAGGCAUAGCUCGACAUUACCGCAUCAAGCACAACAACGUCAGAGCUCAACCGGAAGGCAAGAACAACGUCUUCAAGUGUGCUCUCUGUUCAUACACCAAUCCCAUUCGCAAAGGCCUGGCGGCACAUUACCAGAAACGUCAUGACAUCGAUGCCUAUUACACACAUUGCCUGGCAGCCUCCAAGACUUUGACGGAGAAGCCCGGUAAAGUGGUGGUGCCCAUGGCAUCGGAGGCUGAAGGGUCGGAGCUGAGCGAGGAGCUACGAUUGGCUGUGGAGAGGAGGGAGUGUUCGCUCUGUGCGUUCCAGGCCUUCAGCAGGAAAAGCAUAGUUUCACACUACAUCAAACGCCAUCCAGGAGUCUUCCCCAAGCGGCAACACACCAGCAAGCUCGGACGCUACUUCACUGUGCUCUAUGCCAAAGAACCAGAACAUGUUGAAGAGGUAAUAGAAGUGGUGGAGGUUGAACCGAAGCCAGAGGGAGAGGUUGCCGAGUGGCUGCCUUUCAAGUGUUUAAAAUGCUUCCAGCGAUUCAGCACGGUGAAACUUCUCUCCAUGCACUACAACGACCAUCACAGUGGCAAGGACCACAAACAGGACUUUGUCAUCCACCCCAACCUCACGGAAGAUGGGACGGAGACAGAGCUCUAUCAGUGUUCCCACUGCGAGUUGAAGUUCCUGGGCCUUCCUCUCCUCAGCACUCACCUGAUGAACCAUAACGAGGAGUUCCAGAAGAGGGCGAUGCGGCAAGAGAGGAGGAAACAGCUCCUUUGCAAGCAGAAGUCAUCCGAGCCACCGGAGACAAAGCCUGAGAAACUGGUGAAUAAUGCUGACAAAGCACCGAUCGGCUACAGGUGUAACUUCUGUGUGGAGGUCCACCCUACUCUCAGAGCCAUCUGUAACCACCUGAGGAAACAUGUCCAGUACGGGGAGGUCAAAGAGGGCCAUGUCAAGCAGGAAGUCGCAGAUGUGCCGUUGUCCACCAUCCCGGCUGAGAGCAGCCUCACUAACGGGGAGGUGGAAGAGGUGACCAACAACUCUGUCAUGGAGUCAGUCCCCAAGGACCUGACGAUGGUGGUCGUUGCGAUGUGCCCGGUGGUCGCCGGGGCUGCUGUUGCCAUGGAGACGGCAGAGAUGGCAGUUGGGAUGUCACCGGUGGUUGGGGCGGCGGUGUUGCCCGUUGACCAGGUGAAGGAGAGGCACGGGGGACACCCGUGUGCCCAGUGCGACCGUGUCUUCAUGUCCAUGCAGGGGCUGAGGUCCCACGAGAGGAGCCACUCAGCCAUGGCCAUGUUCACCAGAGAGGACAAGUACAGCUGCCAGUACUGCCAGUUCGUCUCCCCCUUCAGACACAAUCUGGACAAACAUGUGCAGUCUCACCACAGGCACCACAAGCCAUUCAGAUGCAAGCUCUGUCCUUUUAAGUCUGCUUACCUGAGCCGAUUGAAGAGUCAUCUGCACAAAGCGCACCCAGGCGAGAACACGUAUAAGUGCUUGUCCUGCCCCUUCUCCUCAAUGACUAUCAGCCAACUGAAGGAGCACUCUCUGAGGGACCAUGGGCAGGCCCUGACCCUCCCCAAGCUGCGCGCUGGCACUACCACCCAUACCCAGUUUCCCCAGGCCGGCCACGACCCCCAGAUCAGGCCCUUCAGGCUGGGCUCAGAUCCUCACCAGACACCCCUGACCUCUGACCUUGACGGUGCUGGGUACCUGCAUGAGACAGUGGACGUGAGGCGGCAGCUCAGUCACUACCAGGUGGCGUCUCGUAGUCAUGUGACAUCCUCUAGCCCUACCGCCCGGCCCCAGGCUGCGAGCUCUGACACCCGGCCGGACGGCAUCCUGACCUGUGAGUUCUGUGAGUUCAGUUCGGGAUACAUGCAGAGCCUGAGACGCCACUACAGAGACCGACACGGAGGCAAGAAACUGUUCAAGUGCAAAGACUGCUCCUUCUUCACCUGCUCCAAGUCGACAUUCACCGUGCAUGUGGAAGCAGGACACACUGUGGUUCCUGAGGAGGGUCCCAAAGACCUACGCUGUCCCUUCUGUAUCUACCACACCAAAUACAAGAGCAAUAUGAUCGACCACAUCGUCCUGCACAGGGAGGAGCGUGUGGUGCCCCUGGAAGUGUCUCGCUACAAGCUGUCUCGCCACCUGGCCGGCGGGGAGUUCCACUGCCACAAGUGUACCUUCACUUGCUCCAGCGACCAGAGCCUGCAGCUGCACCUCACCAAGCACAAUGAGAUGAAACCCUACCAGUGCCAGCUGUGCUACUACGACAGCAGGCAGCGCUACCAGCUGGAGACACAUCUCCGAGAGGAGCACAAGGUGAUCCGUAACUUUGAGUUGAUGGGGCAGGUCAACCUGGAUCAGCUGGAUGCUAUCAAGGAGAGGAACAGUAGUGCCGAGGAGGAAGAGGCGAGAGAGAAGGAUGGAUUAGGAGCGAUGGAGGAAGAGAUUGUGGAGGAUGAAGUGGAGAUGGGGGAGAGUAUAGAUGAAGAGCUAGAGCAGGAGGAGGAGGAGGAGGAGAAGAGGAUUGAAGAGGAAGAGGCAGAGGCAGAAAAGCCAGCUCCAAAAGACGUCCCAGUAGUUUCCCCCAGCAGCAGCAGUGUGACUGCCUCCGCUGAGAAACGCUUCCCCUGUGAGUUCUGUGGUCGCUGCUUCACUAACAGCAUAGAGUGGGAACGGCACGUCCUCCGACAUGGCAUGACUGUUACCAACAGCAGAACAGACACUAGCACCACCCCCGCAAUGGACGCAUUAGCCUCAGCUCUGCCUUCUAUUGGCUCGUCGACCAUUGGGACGAUGACGGACAGAGGAUUGGACCUAUCUAGCAACGGCAUGGAAGUGGGGAAGGAAUAUGCCUCCGACCUAUUACAGAGUACUAACAAUCUGAAUGAGGAAGACAACAAAGAAAUGCUUGAAACCAAAAAAUGACAUAUAAGAAGAUGGAAGAGAAGAGUACUGGGGCCUAACAUUGUAGUCACUUUGCUAGAGACUAUACAUUAGGUUGGAUUGAUAUUGAUGUUGAUAUUGGGUUGGGUAUCAAAAAUAGGCUGCUAAAGAAAGAAAAGAAAAUUAUGGAAACAAAAAAGAAUUGUCACCUUUUGGAGUACUGUUAGAUUUUAAGUGUUACAUAUUGGAAACUAUAGGUUGUGUUACAUCCUACAUUUUUUAAAUGGCUGAACCUUAAAAUGAGUCAAUGGUCCCGUAGGACAGAUGUUAAUAUAUUGGUAACCAAUAGUGAAUGUUACUGUAAAGCACACAUUAUGGUCAAAUCUGCAGUUUCUACAGUUUAAAGUCCGAGAUCAUGUCUACUAACUACAAUAUUUUGUAGAAAGAAAGAGUGGGUCACAUUUCCCAAAAACGUGUUUGAAAUUGUGGGAAGAAAUGUUGGGGGAAUUUUCUUUUUAUAUAUAUGUAGAUAUACUGACCCCAAGUUCCAAACGAGGGAUUCUAUAAAUAUAGAUAACCUACUGUAUGAGCUACCACCUUCAGUUCCCUGACGCCCUUUUAACCUCACUGCUACCAACAAGAUCCUAAUAUACUUUUAAUCCCAUCAUCUAGUGUUGUAAUAUUGAGGGACAGGCCGUGUGUGAGAGAUGACUCACCAUGAUCUGGGCCUGUAGUCAUAAAACAUUUCAGAGUAGGAGAGCUGUUUUGCCUUUUAGAUCAAACUGAAUAUGAUUAUAUGGACAUGGGGGACCUGAUCCUAGAUCGGUCACUUUCCACCCCAUCCAUACUAGCUGUAAAACCACACAGUAGAACGGUUUCUGUGAUUUGACCCGGAUGAUAACUUUACAUUAGUUAACCUUUUUAUUUUUAGCCUUGUGUUAUUAAUCAAGUAGAAUAAUUCCUUGAGGAAUAGUUGCACCUUAUUUGUCUAUAGUAUAUUUCAAACUUUGAUUUGUUACAUUUUUAGAAUAUUGACUUGACUUUUGCCCCAAAGUUUAUAUAUAGCAAAUUGUUAUAUACAGUAGUACCCUUGAAUAUGAUAAAUAUGGCUUCGGCCUUAGGCAUUCCCAGCACUUCCACUCUUUAAUACAGCUUUUAUUGUCUUUUGUCCAUCCUCUGACAGUUGUAAAUUUGAAAGUGAACUGACACAAGUGUCCCCACAACAUGUUAACCAGCAGUUGAAUCAAUAAUGUUUAUUAUUGUGCCAUUGAUUGGUUUCCUUGUUAUUUUUGUUUAUUGAUAACAAGUCAGAUGUUGUUGUAAAACCUACACUGUAGUCUGUGACACAGUGCAUGUCAUCAAUGUCAGAAGAACAUAGAGGGAAUGCUGUACAUCCUGAAGCUAUAGUUUCUCUUUCUGACAUUAAACAUGGGGGAAAUGGAAUGAUGCAAGCAUAUAAUUCACCUCAUCAACAGAUAAUUGUGACAGCAUUUAUAAGAGAACGUGUAAGUACGCUAGAGAAACGGAUUAUAAAUGUGACUGACCAGCCAUGUGAAAGUACAACACUUAGGUGUUUAACUUACAUUUUGCAGUGUACAGUGCUGUGUUCUAUGAUUCUAUUAUUGUGUGUGAAGAUGAUUCUGAAGUCUGGUCUCCUGUAUGCUUUUUAGACUACGCUGUUUUGACAAAUAAGGCAGAGAUUGUAUAUGUUAGAAGUUGCUGCUCAAAUACCCCAAAGCCUUAUUAGAAUAAUGAAUAGCAAUUAUCUCAAGCUUCAUCAAUAUAAAUGCUUUCCUUCUAACACUGGUUGGUUGGAACCGAUACAAACCAAUACAAAGUGAUUGACAGUGUAUCUGUAAUAUGACUCCUUUGAGUCAUCAAAGGAGAUACGCAAAAACAAAACAAAAAUGGAAAUGUGCUCUUGGUACCAAAAUAUUUAGCUGGCUAUGUUUGCUACAAUGUUCUUUCCUGAGUAACGAACCAUUGUUACAAAGGGGGUUGGAACCCAGAGUAUAUAUGGCUCUGGCAAAAUCCUAGUCCCCUAUAGGGUGCAUUCCCAAGAGUCAUGCAUGUACGUAUGUGAUAUGCAGUUGUGUAUAGAAAAACAAACUACUUGUCAAGUGUUUGAAACUGUGGUGUUUCAGAAAGGAAAUGUUUACCUUUUUCCUUUUAGGUGUUGGUCUCAUAUUAAACAAAUAAACAAAAAUAGAUCAAGUAAAAACAUGAGAACCUUUGUGGAGUGAGCUGUUUUUCAGACUCCCAAAUCAAAAUGUUAUAAUAAGCUGUUGUACAACGUCUGGUUGAUAAGAAAUAUGUCUUCUUUUAUUUUGUACCUUUAAGAACAACAACAUGGGGGUGAUUUGGUGCUGAAUCUUUUACCCCUCCUCCUCCUCUCCUUUAAAAGGACUAGCUUAGCUUUUUAAACAUGAACCCAAUAGAGAAAUGUUUGUUUGAGGAAAUAAGCUUUUUUGAAGUGGGGUUAAUUUGGGAUUUUGUAAGGUGGUUGGAACUGUCCUGUCUCUCUGUAUCCCAAAUUGGUUGCUUUUCCAUUGUCCAUUUUGAAUAGACAUCUGUUAAAUACUCACUGUAUUCAGUGUCCCACUGUACCAUAAGGUGAUGGGACUUUGUUGGUCUCACCCCUUCCUCCCGCAUCCCAAUUGAACCCCUGCUCGUCAUAACACACUGGAUACUUGUAUGUAUAUAUUUAGUUUGUUUCCAUGAUGUUUCUCUCCUCUUCUUCUCUUCAGACUGUUCUCCAUUAUUUGACUACCUUAGAUUCUCCAUCUUGCCUUUCUCCUGUGAAAAUCUGAUUCCUGAUGGUGGGUUGUGAUAUUACCUAGAAUGAUUGUUUACAAUUGUAUUCCAUUUUAUCUCUGGAUAUUCUGUAAAUAUUGUAACUCAUUGUCUUUUUUUAACUUGUUAAUAAAGUUAUCAGAUAACGGUACUCUGUAGUUGUUGUUGUUGAUGUCAGGGAUUAUAGUUGCGUUAUGUUUGUUGUUUCCAAUCGGAUAUAGCUGUUUGUGUCUCUGUCACAAAUUCCCAGAAAUCGCAGGUCAAUCCGCGUAAUAAUUUUUUAUUUUGAACUGAAUGUAAUAUUUUAUGUUGUUCUUGUCUAUAACUGUUCUGUACUUUGUAAUGUAUUUGUAUGUUUUAUGUGGACCCCAGGAAGAGUAACUACUGUAUGAGCAGUAGCUAAUGUGGAUCCUAAUAAACUAAACUAAACCAUU